GAUAUAUACAAUAUUAUUAAUAUUACAUUAAAUUAGAUCUACUAGCAAUCAUUUAAAAGUUGUCAAUAAAAUUUGCUGUGAAUAGAUUUAUUAAGUUUUCAGAGUGUGAAAAUAUUAUCUUGUAUAUUUGGGUAAAUUAUAUGUUAAAAAUGCCAAAAGCUCUUAAACUUCAUUUGAAAACUCAUGGAAAUGCUGUUGGUAAAAGGGUAUUGAAUUUAAGGAAAAGAUUGUAUAACCAUUCUGAUGGUUCAAGGGUCUACAGGUCCAGCCCUUCUCACAGUUUGGAUGGAGUGACUCUGUAUGAGAAGGAUGGUGUUUACAUACACAUCAAUGUAAAUACACACACAUCAGAUAGAGAUGCCCAUCUACCAGGAAGAAUUUACCUUCUUCAAAAGGAAGAAGGAACAUUUAUUGAAUGGAAGGCAGAAGAAGUAAUGUCUCUCGACAACCACUCCGAGCAGGACUGGGCAAUGAUCAGUUCAGUGGGUUAUCAGCCAGAUAGAGGAUCAGACACAGUUGCUGACCAGAAAGCAGAGAGGAAGCGAUACAACGUCAGUUUUGAUGUACUUGAUCUGAAAAGUUUUAAAAGGAGUGCGCCGAGUCAUGGCUGGGCAUAUAUCAUCUUUAUACUAAAAGACGGAACCACCUACCCUGCUGUACACUUCCAUAAUGGAGGCAGUAAAGCUUUAUUGAAGGAACUAGAGAAAUUUAUUCACAUUAGGAGAUCGCCACAAGACAGCCGAUUGUUCAUCAUACAGGAUCAUGACCCCGAGGCUCUGUCAAUGUCAUUUGAUGAACUUAACCUCUUCCAAGAUUCACAAGGCGACCUAGUUACAAAAUUCAUCAAGGACCCAUACACAACCACAUUAGGGGGUUUCUCAAAGGUGACCAACUUUCUUAAAGAUGUUUUGAUGCAACCAGAGGUAGAGAACUUACCUCCAUCUAAAGUGGAGGAAAUCCUGAAUGAAGAUAUACCGGGAAUGGAAAUAAACAACCAAGAUGAACCAGGAUAUGAGCUAGUGUCAAAGACGAAGCUUCCUUCGAGACAAGAAGUAAAGAGGGGCUUACCAUUGACCUCCCAGCAGUGGUCAAAACAUAUGGACAAGGAGGGAAGAAUCAUCAAUGUGGAAGAAGUAAAAGACCAAAUCUUUAGAGGGGGUGUAGAAUCUUCUUUGAGAAUAGAUGUUUGGAAAUUUCUGCUUGGUGUAUACGAGUGGGACUCAACUUAUUCAAGUAGAACGAAAACUAGAAAAAGGAAAUUAGACGAUUACUUUCGUAUGAAAUUGCAAUGGACAACCAUAAGGUCAGAUCAGGAAAAAAGAUUUUCACUGUUUAAAGAAAGGAAAUGUCUAAUUGAGAAAGAUGUCACUAGAACAGAUCGUACACAUAAGUUUUUUGAAGGAGAGGGCAAUCCAAACUUGCAAGUGCUGCAUGAUAUCCUGAUGACCUACUGCAUGUACAACUUUGAUCUAGGUUAUGUGCAGGGUAUGAGUGACCUGUUAUCGCCAAUUCUAGUCGUGAUGGAAAACGAGGUAGAUGCUUUCUGGUGCUUUGCUGGAUACAUGGAAAGAGUGUGUGACAACUUCCAGAUGGACCAAGAAGGAAUGAAGACACAACUAGCUCAAAUACACAAACUGAUGCAAUAUACUGAUCCCGAGCUGUGCAAUUAUCUAGAGAGUCAUGAUUCUGGUAACUUCUAUUUCUGCUUCCGUUGGAUACUGAUUCACUUCAAGAGAGAAUUUUCAUUUUCUGAUGCGCAGAGACUUUGGGAGGUUAUAUGGACUGACAAACCAUGUAAAAACUUCCACCUGAUUAUCUGCCUAUCUAUCCUGGACACAGAGAAAACCACGCUGAUGGAGAACAAGUUUGGAUUGACUGAAAUUCUCAAGCAUAUUAAUGAUAUGAGUAUGGCGAUUCACCUGGAGGAGACAUUGAAGAAAGCAGAGGGUAUCUUCCUGCAGCUGAAAAAUGCCAAACACUUGCCAGACGGAGUGAAAGAAAUCCUUGGCUUCCCAACAGCAUCCUUGUCAUCUUCCCCGGCUGGUUCGCGGGGAAGUUCGGGAACAAGUACGCCUGUCAUUCCGCAUACGCCAGCAAAUACUCCGGUAAAUGUUCCGGUUAAUGUUCCGGUUAAUGCAACAUUAACGACUGUCAGUUAUAGUAAAGAAAACAGUGCAAGACUUCAGUUACCAGAAUUUUUAAGAGAAAAUGGAAACAAAUCAAAUAGUGGCAAUGCUUCACCGGAUGAUAGCAGUAUUGAAAUUUUGUCGGACAACUGCAAUUCUGCAACGUCAAAUUUCUACAACUGAGGGCCAAGUAUUCAAUUUGAUAUUGAACAGUGUAAUCUUAUCUGUCAUUUUGGUUUGGCAUGUCAUAAUUUACAGUGCGUUUAAUUAGAGCUAAGCUGUGCUCACUUUCAAAGGCUACUGUGUACCAUUACUGUUAAAGAAAGUGAGAAUACUUUUACAAUGCUGUAUUGCUCAGUGAAACAGAAAAUGCAUAAUGUCUUUAACCUGCUGAAUUUCUAAAAUGGACUAGUCUACCAUUCAGUUUGGGCAGUACCACUUAUUAUAUGAAGGGGUGUUAACUGAAAAUUUCAUGACUGAAUAGCGAACAGUGCAGACCAUAAUCAGUCUGCACUGGCCGCAGAGGUAAAAUCACUUGCCCCCAGCAGGCUAAAGGUUAAAGCCGAUAAGUUAGGGUGGAGGGGGGCAAUGUUGAGUUACUGAUAAUUCUUCUACUGUAAAAUCAGACAUAUUUAUGAGGAAUUCUUGAAAACUGACAGCAAUCCUUUGUAUUGUGCCCUUAAGAGAGAAAGUUACAGGCAAAGAAGCAGAGGACAUUUCAAUACUAAACGUUUACAAAAUUUUACAUUAAAAAUGAUUCUGUGUGAGCCCCUAAAACUUGAAUCACUGAUACAGUUCUUGUUAGGCCAGGAAAAGGACUGCAUUCAGGGUUACUCAAACAACCCUAAAAACGAGUCCCGGAAAAAAAAAUUGAUGUCAGAAGUGAAUUUUAGGGAUAUUUUGGUAACAUUUGUUAAAAUUCAUUUGUUAGGAGUUUGAUUCUAUAUCAUACGUUUUAAUAGUAUUUCUUAAGUCUGUCCCAUUAACUUAGUAUUUAGUUGUUCAAAUUCAUAAUUGUUAUCGGCUUAUUCAAAAAUGUUUGUUGGGAACUCUGCUUCCUGUUCUAUAAAUAGUAACAGGCUUUCCUGUUCUGUAAAUAGUAACAGGAGCAGCCAUGUUGAUCAUGGAGCCUUUAUUUUGACACUCAUCUGUGAUGUAGCUUGUAAAAUAUAAAUGUUAGAUACGUGUGAGGAUGUGUAUAGAUAAAUGUAAAAUUCCUUGAAUGUAAAUAUAUGUGUCUGCUUAAAAAAGAUAAAAAAUCUUGUAGAAUAAAUAAGUUAUUUACUUAAGGCGUAAAAAAAAAAUGUUUGUUUCCGGUAUCCCGACCUACCCUAAAUUUUUGGCCCAACCCUAAAUAUUUUUAUGGCCUUGGAGAAUAUUUUUUUCAACUGCACUUUUUAUGCUUUAAACAUGGUCAGUGAUGUUAGAAAUCAACUUAUUGAUGCUCUAAAGGCAUAACCUUUUUAUUUGUAUUCAUUUUUUGACACAAAAAUAAUUUCCGAAAAGUCUCACUUAAUAAAAAAAAAAAAAUCCCCCACCCCAAAAUUUUUUCGAUCUACCUACCCAAUUUUUUUUGAGCAUGUUACCGGAAACAAAGAAUUUUUUUUAGGCCUAUUAUAAAUAGGUAAAUUCUUUUUUUUUGCCGAUAUGCAAAUUGUUAACACAAUUGAAGCUUUUUCAGUAGACAUGACUGUGUUUUAUUGCACAAGAUAUGAUUGUAUAUUAAAUAAACUUCUAUGAGGAUUUUUUUAUAGUCAGACACAGCUGAUAAAACUUUAUUUAUAAACAGUGAGCUGAAUAAACCUCUGGGUUAGACUUGUCCACAGCAAUGAUGAGAAGUACCAUAUAUAAUCCAAUACAUACCUCUAGGAAAAAGUAUAAAGUUCAUGCAAAUAAUGAAUUUAAAUCUUUAUAUAAGUUGAAGUUUUUUUUUAGUUUUCGUAAAAUGUUUAUUUCAAACACAAAGUCAGUCACAGUACUUGAGUAGUUAAUAGGUUAAACUUUACACCUUCAGGUGAACAAUAAAAAGUUAACAAGGCUCCUCGGAACACAUUAUUUUUUUUAGGAUGAAAGUACAAUAAUGUCAAUAAUUGUUCAUAAAGAUUAACAUUAUUUUAUAUAUUAAGCCAAAGGUACAUGUACAAUGACAUCUACAUCCAAGGAUUAUUGAAUAUGUUUAAAUACUGUUAAAAUGACAGUGUCUUGAAUCUUGAUAUUUAUGUGAAAAUUAUACUGAUAAAAUAAAAUCAUCAUGUAUACAUGGCGUACACGUGUCACAUAUCUGUUGCUCUGUUUGAACUAGUAAAACUGUUGUUUUAAUAUAAAUAUAUUCUGUAAUUAUUUUCAUAGAAAAGUGCUAUAUAUAUAUUUUGUUGAAAAUAAAUUGUUCUGUAUCAUGAAGUUUUUCUAUCAUUUACAUAUGAGCCAUGCCAUGAGAAAACCAACAUAGUGGGUGUGCGACCAGCAUGGAUCCAGACCAGCCUGCGCAUCCGCGCAGUCUGGUCAGGCUCCAUGCUGUUCGCUUUUAAAGCCUACUGCAAUUAGAGAAACCAUUAGCGAACAGCAUGGAUCCUGACCAGACUGCGCGGAUGCGCAGGCUGGUCUGGAUCCAUGCUGGUCGCAAACCCACUAUGUUGGUUUUCUCAUGGCACGGCUCAUAUAAGCUGACUUGCAUACAUCCCUAUUGUUCAUGUUUGUAACUAGUUUGUGGGUACCAUGCUUAUAUAACAUAUGCUACUGAAUCUUAUAAGUGCCAUCAUGUUUUGCUUUUUGAAAUUCAAAUUCAGAAUUUGGUUUUGCAUGGUCUAAUUCCAUAAAAUAAGCAAAAAAUAAUAUAAAAUUCCAUUUUCAAUUUUCACUUUAAUGCAGUGAGGUUACGUAUUAAUUUUCACUGGGGACUACUUUUUGUGCAUUUCAUGGUUGUGUCAGUCCAAGACAUAUGAUAUUAACAAAAAAAAAAUACAAUUCCCAUUUAAUGAGUUUUUAAUAGUUAAAAUCGGCAAAUUCAUGCCCCAGCGAAAUAGCUUUUUUGCUGGAAUUUGAUGCCUGAAAACAAAUGAUUUCACAGUAUUAAAAGAAAAAUACAGCUUAUCUGUAUAUUGUGAAAAAAUAACGUGUCAUUAAUGUCAUACAGUUAAUAAAACCAUAUGUUUGUCAAUGUUUUUUUCUGUAGUCAGUUCUGUUAUGGUUUUGUUAUUCUUAAAGACUAAUUAUUAAAGACAUAUAUGUUAAGUUCCAAUAAAACGUCAGCUUUAGUAAAAUUUAUUGCACAUCUCCUGAAACAGCAGCAUGUUCUGGCUUAACGUCAUCAAAAAAUGUAUAUCAUUAAAAGUUCAGUAUAUGACUGUGGUGUGUGGUGUCUUUUGGCUAUUCAGAUUCCUUCUAGCCACAAUGACACACCAAGUAUCACAAUUGCCCUUGGGUCAUUGGGUCAUUAUUAAACUAGAUGUGCCAUUUUGACAAGAUUGUGUAGUCUGUUGUUCAUCUCUUUAUAAAAGCAGCUGUAGAGUGGGCAAAUUUUUUUAGCUUUAAGAUAGUAGACCCGUAGUGACAGUCGACAGUUUCCGUUCAUUUACGGAUUGUCCGUAUGCAAUUUCCGCAUUUUCCAAUUGUUAUGAUAAUAAAUUUUCUGUAAUGACCAAAGGAUGCCAAAUUGCUUAGGGAGGAUACUCAGUUGCACAGAAGUUACGGAUUAUCAUUACGGGGCCAUUACGGGUACCUUAAAUCUUUUUAAAGGCACAGGCAAGAAAAUGCACAGCUGAUCAUUAUCUAGUUAAGUGUGUCUUUCUUGUAAAUAGUACUGAGAUGUAUAUUUACGUGAUAAAAUAUGUAAAAUGUUGCAAAACCAGUGAUGUAUAGUAUGUAUAUUAAUGAAUAUAAUUAUUUAUCGCUGACAGA